AUGGAGCUGAAUAAGAGUUGGAUUAACAUAUCAAACAGGCUAGAUCCUCGAUACGAACAAGGAAUUCAGGAGUUGAUUCAGUUUGCCUAUAGACAUAAGUCUCCUGGGGCAAGCAUAUAUUGUCCAUGUAUUAAAUGUGUUAACAGAUAUUUUCAUAAACGAGAUGUUGUGGAGGAACACCUCAUUCUGAAUGGGUUUGACACUAAUUACAUAAUAUGGACGGUUCAUGGAGAGUUAUAUGUGCCUCGUCAUAGUCGAGAAGAAUUUCAAGAUCAGGAAUGUAAUAUUGGAGAUGAUAUGGUGGGAAUGAUACAUGAUGCACAUGGAGUUCCUAUAAACAAUGUUGGAAGUAGUGAAGAAGCUACGAGAUUCUAUGAAUUGUUGGAGGAGGCAGAAACAGAGUUAUGGCCUGGUUGUAAGAACUUCACGACAUUAUCGUUUAUUGUUCGUUUACAACACUUGAAGGUAUUGGGUGGGUUGUCGGAUAAAAUAUUUGAUAUGUUGCUUGAGUUGUUGAAUGAGGCAUUUCCAGAAGGAGUGUCAUUGCCACGAUCGUAUCGGGAGGCUAAGAAAUUGAGUGAGGAUUUAGGUUUUAAGUACUAUAAGUACGAUGCAUGCCCUAACAAUUAUAUGCUCUUUUGGAAAGAUGCAUCAAAGUUGGACAGAUGUACUUUUUGUGGGGAGUCAAGGUACAAAGAAUACGAGGUGCACAUGGACGACGAUAUAACGAAGAUGAAAAAAGUCGCUUCUAAACAAGUACGACACUUUCCUUUGAUCUCGAGACUGCAAAGAUUGUUUAUGUCUAACAGAACAACAACGUUAAUGAGGUGGCAUGAAGAAGGUAGAACAAAGGAUGGUAUAAUGAGGCACCCUGCUGAUUCAUUGGCUUGGCAAUCUUUUGAUGAACAACAUCCGAAAUUCGCUGAAGAUAGUCGCAAUGUUAGACUUGGGUUGGCUUUUGAUGGGUUUAAUCCGUUUCGAACAAUGACCAUUAGCUAUAGCAUUUGGCCAGUUGUGUUAAUGCCAUAUAAUCUACCGCCUUGGUUGUGUAUGAAACAACCUUACUUCAUCUUGUCUUUAUUGAUUGGUGGACCUCGUGCACCAGGAGAUAAUAUUGAUGUGUUUCUGCAACCGUUGAUUCAAGAGUUACAAGAAUUAUGGAGUGAGGGGAUAGAAACUUAUGAUGCUUCAAGAAAAGAAAUGUUUCACGUGCAUGCAGCAUUGUUGUGGACGAUUAAUGAUUUUCUUGCGUAUGCUAAUUUAUUUGGAUGGAGUACUCGAGGAAGAGUUGCUUGUCCUUGUUGCAUGAAAGAGACGGAGUCCAAAUGGUUAAAACAUGGUGGUAAGUUUUGUUAUAUGGGUCACCGUAGAUUCUUGGAGGACAUGAGUCAUCAUUUUCGGUUAGACAAGAAGGAUUUUGAUGGAACCAUUGAGAACCGUGUUGCUCCUCCUCAGUUAUCUGGCUACGAUGUAUUCAAAGAUGUUGAAUUUGUUAAGAAGAUGUAUGGAAAUCGUGAGAAUUCUGGCGCUAGUGUUGGGAGAGGAAUGGGUGGUUGGAAAAAACAUAGUAUAUUCUUUGAGCUUCCAUAUUGGCAAGACAAUUUGAUCCGACAUAAUCUCGAAGUCAUGCACAUUGAGAAAAAUGUUUGUGACAACAUAAUUUGGACGUUAUUAAUGUUGGAAAUGUUCUUAUUGACAUUGAAAGAGUAUGUAAGGACUAGAAGUCAUCCAGAAGGAUCUAUUGCUGAAGGUUACUUGGCAGAAGAGUGUUUGACUUUUUGUGCAAGGUACUUGGAUGAUGUGGAAACAAAGUUUAAUAGGCCGGUUCGAAAUUAUGAGAGUGCACAUGGUCAACCUAUCCCCAAAAAAGGGAAAUUAGUCACAUUGGAUGAGAUUUCAUUGCAGCAAGCCCAUCAUUAUGUGCUAGCAAAUUGUAGUACAAUUUCGUCUUAUCGAGAGACACACUUACAAUCCAUUAGAUUGGAAAGAAGAGGUGCUAGCAAUCCUGAAAUUACACAAAAACACCAUGAAAACUUCUCAUUAUGGUUUCAAAAACAUGUUUAUGAAUUGCAAGUAAGUGGUCACAAUGUACCCAAUGAAGUGAAAACAUUAGCUGCUGGGCCUCACUCAUGGGCAUGGAAGUAUUCUGGGUACAUCGUAAAUGGAUUCAAAUUCCACACGAGGCAUCGAGAAAGGAGAAGAAUGACUCAAAAUAGUGGAGUAUUACUAACUACAAAUACUGAAAGUUAUGCUAGUUCAAAAGAUAAACGUCCUAUCAGUGGUGAUGUUACCUUUUAUGGAGUCCUAACAGAUGUUGUUGAGAUACGAUACUCUAACGAAUUCAAAUUUGUUUUGUUUAAGUGUGAUUGGGUUGACAAUAACAGAGGGAUGAAGGUUGACAGUUUAAAUUUUAUAACUAUAAAUUUUAAUUGUUUAAUGUAUCAAGAGAAUAAACCAACAGACGAACCUUUUAUACUUGCAACUCAAGCAUCACAAGUGUGGUAUGUGGCUGAUCCUCUUGAUGAAGAAUGGCACGUUGUUAUGAAGAUGACACCUAGAGAUUUGUAUAACAUGGGUAAAAGAAAUGUGGCAAGGAGCUAUGACGAGGAAGAUGCUUUAAUUAGUAAUCAUGUUGAAAUCAACAAUGAUCAGUCCUUACAUGCAGAGUUAGGAGAAUCUGAUGAAGACUACUCUUCUGGAGAAUCUGAUGAGGAUGGUAUGCUAGUUGAUAUAUCAGAUGACGACGACAGUUCCAUUCCUUAUACUGCACAUAGUGAUGAUAAUGAUUUCUAA